AUGGCAGACAGGGAGGGAGCAAAUUUGGGGGAUGGUCGGGUGCCAUGUGGCCAAGAUGAGUGUGAGACAGAGGACAACCUGUACCAGGUGGAGCUGGAGCCCCCCACGUCCAUGGAGCUUUGGUACCAGCGGAAGCUGACCUGGUGCUCCAACCCCAGCGACAUCAGCUUGUGUCGGAUGAAGGGCAAGCCGGAGGGCGAGUGUCGAAAUUUUGUAAAGGUGCUUCUACUUCGGGACGAAUCCACCCUCUUCGUGUGUGGUUCCAAUGCCUUCAACCCCGUGUGUGCCAACUACAGCAUGGACACACUGCAGCCCCUCGGGGACAACAUCGGAGGCAUGGCCAGCUGCCCACACGACCCCAAACACGCCAAUGUUGCCCUCUUCUCUGAAGGGAUGCUCUUCACAGCCACCAUUACCGACUUCCUAGCCAUCGACGCAGUCAUCUACCACAGCCUCGGGGACCGGCCCACUCUGCGCACCGUGAAACACGACUCCAAGUGGUUCAAAGAGCCCUACUUUGUCCACGUGGUGGAGUGGGGCAGCCACAUCUACUUUUUCUUCCGGGAGAUCGCAAUGGAGUUUAACUACCUGGAAAAGGUGCCCUCCCUCCUCACCCAGGGUGGUUAUGUAGGAUCAGGAGAGAUGGGCUACUCAGGGCAUGCCUGUGCCAGUUCCCAUGGUUCUGUCCUGUCUCCUACACUGUACAGCAGUUCUGGUUCCACUCCUCCACCUUUUCUGUCAGCUACAGAGUAA